AUGGAAUCUGAAAAAGAGGAGCAAUUUUUGGAGCCACCCGGAAGUUCACCGGAGGUCGCAUUUCCAAUCCUGGAGGAAGAAAUCCCGCAACAUAUAAUAAGUGAUCCCAAUUCAAUCGUUAUCACUCAAGAAGAUUUGUAUGAGGCUGGAUUUGUUGUGGAUAACCUGGAGAGUUUGACCGAUGAACAAUUGGCGGUUUUGAUUCAGAUUUCGGAGCAACGUAUGGCUAAAGCCAACGCUUUCCCGGAUGAGAAUUCGGUGGCGAUUAUUUUGACGGAUGAUGGAGGAUUGAAGAUCACUGAUCAUUCACAUCAAGAGUUCUAUGUUAGUUUUUUUUUUGAGUUGAAGCGAAAAUCAAUUAAUCAAAAUGAGAAAUGAUUUUUCAGUUCUCUCCCGCGCAACUCGAUGAAUUAAAAGUAAAUGUGAAUAAUUUGACAGAAGAAAAUGUGCAAAGUUUGGUUCAAAUGACACUUCCCUCUAUAUCCUUGUGAGUUUUGCUUAGAAAGAUUUCGAAAAUUAUCGAUUUUUCCAGAAAAGACCCCUCAAAAAACACUCCUUCCACCUCCUAUUCAACUGGCGACGAUUCGCGCCUCGCAUUGAUUGGUGAAACGGUGCAGAUCCGCGACGCGGAAGGCCACGUACGCGUCGCAACCGUGCGCUACAUCCGCGGACACUCUGAACUCAAGAUACAGUUCGAAGAUGGUGAAUUUGGCUACGCGACGAUGGAUCAGCUGAUUUUGCCGCAAGUUGCGGAUGCGGAAGGCGGGGAGCAAGUUGAGAGGUAAGCUUUUUUGCGACAAAAAUCAAAAUCAGUUUUGUUUCAAAAAAUUCAAUUUUCCUCCAACCGGGAAAAUUGGACAAUUCAAUUUAGUGAGCAAAAAAGUUCGUUUUUUUUUCAAAAUUCAAAAAUCCACACGUUGCAGCUACUCUCCUCAACCAUCAGCUUCCACGUCAUCAUCCACAGUAGCCCAACCAAAACCCCAACAUCUUCCCGCCACCAAUUCCACUACAGUAACCCAUCGACAUUUGGUCUCGGCACGAAAACGCGCGCUUACUGUAGAUCAGGAGGAAGUAGAUCAACAACAAGUGGAAGAAAUCGAUAAUCCGCCUGUUUUGAAGCGAAGUUAUCAUCAUCAUCAACAGAUUGUGCACCAUCAACCGCCGCCCAAUUUUUGCUGCCCGAUUUGUGACAAAAAAGUGGGAUUUUUUUUUGAAAUAUAUGUUUUCUAGUAGAAUUUGAUCAGCUAAUCACGAUUUCGUUGUCAAAAACUGUAGAAAACAAUUCCUGGGGACUUUAGGAGGUCAGAACUAAAUUUCAAAAUGAUUUUCAAGAAAAUCUGAUAUCACAGUGUUGUUCAGGAGACAAGAUAACAUUUUUUCCUCUAAUUCAUUAAAAAUUCAAGAAUUGAAUUUCGAGCAAUCUGAUAAAUUCAAAAUUAAAAAAAAAAACCUGUUAUCUAGCCUCCUGAACAACACUGUGAUAUCAGAUUUUCAUGAAAACCAUUUGGAAAUCUAGUUCUGAAAGUCCCCAUAACUCAUAUUAGCAAUUGUUUUCUGCAGUUUUUUACAACGGAAUUAUGAUCAGCGGGUCAAAUUCUUCUAGAACCUUCCCAAACUACGGUAGUGCCCAAGAAACUCACAAAUAAUUUCGGUCAUUUUUUGUUUUCCCAUAAUCGAAAAAUAAUCUGAUUGUGAGAUGGAUAGAAAAUUUUGAAUUGGGUCACGUUUUCCGUGAAAUUUUAAAAUUUUUCUUUGCCCUAAAAUGUCACGUUCAAAAAUUCAAAUCUCUAAUUAUUUUCAAAAUUUAAUUUCAGGUCUACCAAAAAGAGCCGAGCUACAUUGUUAUACGUCUUCCGGCUUGCGAUGGUUGUACACGUGAAAAAAUUAUAGUUUUGGAUAGCUGA